AUGUUGUGCAACAUUCUCAAGUUCUCGCUUCUGUCUCUGCUAGCCACGCUCUCUCUGUCGUGCUCGUGCUUGCGCUCCACCUUCGAGCAGGGCGUGUGCAGGUCGAGCACGAUCUACGUCGGCACGGUACUGGCGCGGACGGACAACUGCCCGGGCACGUGCGACCCGUUCGAGGACCAGCGGAAUGGCAAGAUCACGUACAUCGUCAAGGUGACGGCGCGGUUCCUGGGCGCUCCCGCGGAGGACAACAUCAUUUACGUGCAGACGCUGGUCAACUCUGCGCUGUGCGGCACGAUCCUCAACGUGGGCGCGAGGUACUUGUUCACGCUGGGCAACGUGCGCGUCAAUCGAAGCUCAUGCCCGAGAGAGUCCUUCGACGUUUCGCUGUGCGGAGGGGCGCAGCUGUGGAGCAGGGUCACCCGCCCGCAGAGAAGGUUCUUGUCAGCCGUCAGGCGCACGAAUAAGAGGGUUUGCCGCACCGUGCCGCCGCUAUUCUAGGUGCAGGGAUGCGACAGCGGCAUGUUGUGUAGUUCGAUACGGCAGUGUUUUCUACGCGGGGAUAAUGGCUGUGUAAUGCGUACAAAACUGUUUCAGGUUCACGGUUUAAAAGCGUAGGCCACCAUACCAUGAAUAGACGCCAAGCUUUCUACAUGAAAUGUGGUAGCGUAUUCUAGCGAAACGUAGUCGAGUUAGCCGGCGUGACCGGGGCAAACCGUGCAGUGCAGAUGCUAAGUAAGCUCACGUUUUCAUCUUUGUAGCUGGUAGCUACGGGCCAAGUUGAUGUGGCUUUUACUCUCCUACCCUCUUUCCUUCUGGGUGCCAGAGCACCGAAAGGCGGAAGUUCCGCGUAGAGAGAAAAAUAUUACACUACGCAUUGCAUUUACUCUCCCAUAGAUUGCCAUGAAUAGGGGAGUCUGUGGCAAAUACACAGGAGCCUGAUCGUGAACUUAGCAACGCCAGGUUCACGUUCAGGCUCGUGUCCACUUUGCCACU